UUUCCAAUAGAAUUCAACAAGGCAACGUCAACGUGACGUUUUCGGGACAAUACUGGAACAAACGGAAAUGACGUUAAUCUGUUUAUACGUUGUCAUAACAUCGAGACGUCGUGAAUGAAUAAGAUGUGGAAAAAAUACAAUAAAUUUGCCGGCACCGGCGCUCCAGGAAUACCGUCAAACCCUGCGCAGACAGGUCGGAGGUCGGUAUGUGGAGAAGACUCGUUAGAAGAAUCACAGAUGGAAGCGGAAUUUUACCGUCUAAAGCGACAGUUACACAUGAUGGAGGGGGACAGGCGGGCUUACUGUGAAGAAAGUGGAAAUGCGAUAAGAAAACAACAGACUGAGAUUCGCUCCCUAAACGAAGAAAGCGACAACAUGAAUAAAAUUUUACGACUAGCAAUGAGCGACAGGAACCAGGCGGACGAUGAACGCGAUAUAAAUACACUACUGGGCCUAAUGGACAAACUGGACGAGUACAAGAGACUGUGCACACAAGAGGAACGCAGAAUUAAGGAACUUGACGAAGAUAUUGCAAGGACACAAGAGCUGAUAAAUGAAGAACGUAAAAAUCUUGGUAGUGUGACAGAAACGACCCUAGAAAUGAGCAUCGAAAAGAGAUUACAUACCACCGAAAACAGACUUGAUCAGGCAGUGAUCAAGUUCAACGAACAACUGGCAACAAAUGCACAACUCCGCGAAGAACUCGACCAUCUACGCAAAGACAAGGCUACUUUUGAUGCCAUACACAAGAAACUGACUGAUGAGUUGGAGGAGACCAAAUUGUCAAUCAAUGACAGUAUAACAAUAGCGGCACAGGCGUAUGAAGAAAGGGACGAAGCGCAGAAUAAAAUGAUUGCACUAAAAGAGCGCAGUGACAAGGAUAAGCUUCAGCAAAAUGUCGAGAUGAAAGAAUUACAGAGGAUUAUCAAGCACGAUGAUAAACUAAAAGAAUUUAUGGGUAUCAAAGUCCACGAUCGAGCCGACCUACGUGAGGAGGAACAAGCCAAAAAGGCCAAAGGAAAAGAUGCCGGUGAUAAAGAUGCAGAAAUGGAGAAACAGUCGAUACUGAAACUAGAGGAAGCUUUCAAUCGUGUAACUGCGGUAACAGGAGAACACGACAUAAAUAAGAUUGUCAGCGACUUCAUCAGAAAAGAGGACAAAAACUUUGCUCUAUAUAACUACGUAAAUGAGUUGAGCGACACAGUUGAAAACAUUCAAGAAGAGAUCAAGUGUCUGCAGACGGAGAUCAAGUUAUUCGAAGACGAUGACGUCAAAAGCGAGGAAACCAGGCAUAAAAUGGUCCGGGAUAUGGAGAUUAAAGCUGAACAGUUCGAGAGGGAAUUCGAGGAUGCACAAAAGAAGGACAAAGAAAUCUGCAAAGUUCUUGACGAAGUAAGAGUGAACGUCGGCAUACUAUUUAAGGACGCGAACUGUGACUCAAGCACAAUCUUUGAAACGCUUGGAAGUGAGAAAGGAGUGACCAACAAUAAUAUUCUCCAGUAUAUGGGUAUAAUAGAACAGCGAACCAUGGAGCUGAUCAAACUACAACAAUACAUACAAAUGAAAAAAGAACCGCCAAAGCAAGACAGUAAGUGUCAGCCAACACCUCCGGCUUUACAAUUAAGUGGCAGAACCAGUCCAAAGCACGUGCAGGUUGCCAUAGUACCGCCGACUUCCGUUGAAAAUGAAGAAUUUGAUGAAGAGUUACGGCCCCUUACAAGAAAUGAAAUCAAAUCUGUUGUACUUAGAACCAUCAACACAAAACUUGCCGGUGGUGAACAACUACGAAAAUCUGACGGCAAAAAGAAAUAAAGCAAAGUCACCCAAUCUACUGCAAUAGC